GGUUUCGUUGUUUACGAUGGAAAAACAAAUGCUCAUGUCAGCCGCCCUUCGCUUCUUCCGCACUGUGAUGCUGCUGCUGCUGGUCGCCUGCAGCUGCCCGCUGGUCACUUCCUCUCCGUCCGCCUCCAAUGCGCUGCCCGCCCUGGGGGACCUCACCUACCCGUACGGCAACAUCUUCUCCCCGCUGCUCAAAGCCCUGUCGGAACACGGAGGUUCCAGGUGGAACCCGGGCCUCAAGAAGAAAAUGAAGCCCGAGCACAGGUACAUGAAAUAUCUGACCGAGGUGUACAAGAAGCCAUCCCGGGUGCAGAGGAGCGUGGACGGGAAUAAACUCUACAACACCGUCCGACUGAUCAAGCCCCAUGACGAGUGUCCUGCACAGAGUAAUGACGAAAGUUUUAUGCAGGAAUUGUCCUACAGCCUUGAUCAAGUAAGAAGAAAAGAGCAGCUUCUAAAGUCGGCCCUGCUCUACAAUUUCAACCACGCCCACUCGACACCUGUCAGCUCUGUGUGUUACCUGAGUAUCAAGGAGCAGGAGCAGUGGAACCAGUGCCAGCUGUGUCCCGGCAUCCACCGCGCAGUGAACUUCACGGCCAGUGCUGACGGGGGGAGGUGGAGAAGCUGGGUGGAAAUCGAUGUCACCACCUUCCUUCAGCCUCUGUUGAAGUUCCAGAAGAAGAAUAUCCACCUGCUCAUCAACAUCACUUGCCCACACGAGCAAAGGGCCAGGGCCGACGGGCACAGAAGCCCACUGGAGUUCAUCCUGAGGUCCCCUCCUCUGCUUCUUUACCUCAGUGACACCAGUAAAAUCGACCACCAGAGGUUACUGGAGAACACCAAAGCAGGUCAAAGGCCACCCACUGCAUCGAAUACAUUUCAGAAGCAGAUGGUUUUUAAACCAGAACAGAGGCGCAAGAGGAGAUGGAAGAGGGAAGCCCCAAAGAGCAAACGAGGUGAUAAAAGCCUGGACAUCCACCUGCCUGAGCUGCUUCCGAGCUCUGAAUUCCCAACAGGUGACUGUGCCUUGUAUGAUUUCAGGGUACGAUUCAGUCAGCUCAAACUGGAUCACUGGAUUGUUUUUCCACCAAAGUACAACCCCAGAUAUUGCAGAGGCAUCUGCCCUAGGACGAUGGGCUUCAUCUACGGGUCGCCUGUCCACACCAUGGUGCAAAACAUCAUCUACGAGAAGCUGGACUCCUCCGUGCCCCGGCCCUCGUGUGUUCCCUCCCACUACAGCCCCCUCAGUGUCAUGAUCUUCGAAGAGGACGGCUCCUACGUCUACAAGGAGUUUGAAGACAUGGUUGCCACCAGGUGCACGUGUCGCUAAGCUGGCUACCAACAUAGGUCUUUUGUUUUUCUUUCUUGUCUACAGGCUGAAUAGAACGUCACAGAUAACCUCCUCAUCAGUCAUUACAGCUGAACUAUUUCCAAGAAUCAAAUAUUUUGACCAGGCUCAGUGAUUUCAUGAAUUUAUUAAGUGCAUGAAAGAAGUUUGAUCUGGAGCAGGUGUGUUUACUUAAAGUAUUUUAACAUGACAUAAGGUAGAUGCGUGACAUUUAUUUACUUUUUGUUAAGGCAUGAAAAAAGAUGCAAAUGUACCCUGUUGUGCAGCUUACUGUUUGCAUAUAUGGUAGUGAAUAUAACACACUUGAAGGAAAAAAUGUGUGAUGUAUUUAUUUUAAGUUCAUUUUUUGUUAACUUAUUUUGUGUGGGUUGUCUGUCAUUCUUUAACACAAUUGCCAAAUUUCACCCUGUUCUGGACAACAAAAAAUGGAAAAAGCAGACACAAACUGGUAUCAAACCUUUUACAUAUUGUUUUAUUCCUGGGGAUUACAGACAGCUGUCUGAAUGGCAGCUGUCUCUAUAAUGUCCAGAAUGAAAAUUGUCAAGGUUUCAGUGUGUAUUUAUUACGUCUGGUCACUGAGUGACUGCAUACAUGUGAACCAACCGCAUGCUUAUGUAUUUGUACUGGUUGAAUGUGCAUGUCAUGUCUAUUUAUGCAAAUUGAAUGAAUUCACUGUGUGUCUGUGCUCAGCUAAUAUUGAGAAGAACGAAAAUAUCUAGACAUUCUGAGAAAAGUUGGAAAAUUAAAAGU